UCGACAGUGGUGACUGGACAGGCGGAGGAGGAGGAGGAGAAUCACCGGGUGAUAUUUCACAUGAACCGGGAGCUUCACCGGCGAGGUGUCGGCGCUAAAUGAAAGCGGAAAACGUGUCCUCUUCACUGUUAAUUUUUAUUUUUUUACCGAGAGUGUUUGUAGGUAAUGCCGGGCGGUAAAACCUGAUGAAGUUCACCAGAGAUAUCUGCCGGCUGCUGGGCUUAGGAGGCGAUGGUCCAGGUGAGGAGGAGAUGGAGAUUCAGGAUUGUGCUCCUGACUCAGCGGACAAAAGAAAAGGCCAAGGUUCACCACAGACCAUGUUGAACAACGAGGAGUGUCUGGAUGAUGAGGAGCGAGCGAGGAGGAGAGCCGAGAGGAGGAGAGCUAAAAGGAAAAGGCAGAAAGAACGGAAGAAACUGGAGAGAGAGGAGAGGAUGGAGGAUGCUUCAGAGCAGGAAGAAGAAGCAGCUGUUGUGUUGUCAGAGAGUGACAGUGCAGAGGAGUUUAAACAGGAGGAGCAAUGGACUGCGGUUCCUUCCAGAAACAAAUGCAACCUUGAAUCAGUCCCUGCCCUCGUGACUACAGAGAACAAGAGCAACUGGCAGUUGCAGUACAGGACCUCAGAGGAGGAGCCAGAGUGGGAUGUCAGCAGUGCGUUUGUGGCCAACGCUGCCAGCCACAUCAAACUCAAAGGCCUGAAGAACAGAGCAAUACAGAUCUCCAGAGAGAACAAGGAGAAUGAGGCCAGGAGCAGCCAGGGGGAGAGCAGAGAAGAAAUGAAGAGGAGGGGGGAGGCUCUGACAGAGCAGGGAAUUCAGAUGUUCGGGCAAGGCCAGUACAGCCAGGCCGUGUGCAUGUUUACAGAGGCCAUCUACUGUGACCCCAAGGACCACAGGUUCUAUGGAAAUCGGUCUUUCUGUUAUUUGUGUCUGGAGCAGUACUCCUCUGCAUUAACAGAUGCUCAGAGGUCCAUUGAGUUGGCUCCCGAUUGGCCGAAGGGUUAUUUCCGUAAAGGGUGUGCUCUGAUGGGGUUAAAGCGCUACAGUGAAGCAGAAAAGGCCAUGGAGCAGGUGUUGAAGCUGGAUCAGCACAUUAAGGAAGCAUCCAGUAAACUUCUUACCUGCCGGAUCCUGCAGCUCAUGGAGAUGGGUUUUGAGGAAGAGCAGAGUAAAAUGCUGCUGGAGAAGUUCCACACUGUCCAGGCCGCCCUUACCUCCUCUGAGGCCAAAGCACUGAAACACACAUCUCUGCAGGACCAGAGUGGGAGCUGUCGCUCUCUGUGGGUUGGGAACAUUACACUGGAAGUUACAGAGAGAGACAUCUUGGAUCUCUUCAAAAUGUUUGGUGAGAUAGAGAGCAUCAGAGUUCUUCAUGAGCGCUUCUGUGCCUUCGUCAACUUUAAGAGUGCCAGUAUGGCUGCCAGAGCCCUGGAGAAGCUGCAGGGGGUGGAGCUGGGGAGCAGCAAGCUGGUGAUGAGGUACCCAGACCGUUGGAUCCAGCGGACCCUGCCCUCCGUACAAAGGACCGACACCGGCCUCAGCUUCAGCGCUGCAGGAACACAGCAGAGCUCAGCUUCCACAGGGUCCAGGCGGAGGGUACCCACAACUGGAGAUGAGUGUUUCUACUGGCGGACCACAGGCUGUAUCUAUGGCGACAAGUGCCGCUUCAGACACAUACCAGACCAGCAAGGUCGAAACAGGAAACCAUGGCAGUCCUAACUAUGUCCCCUACCUUUCCAGACUCUGCACCAGGACACGUUAAAGAAGGAUUUACAAAGAAAAAGGAGAAGGAAAAUGAUAAAAGAUGAGAGGAUGAUCUGUGUGUGUCUGGCUGAAGUCCAGAACCCAGCCUUGGAAAAACGCUAUAAAUCCAUGUGAAACUUCCAAUGUGAGGAGAUCUUCAGAAUCACCGAGGAGGCUCUUAGCUCCUUUGGAUCCUAGAAAAACCCUGAAGAUCUCCUGGUUCCUGCUCUGUGGGAAGUUACCUGCCAUCAAAAGGAUUUACAGGGACGAAUACAUUUGUUUGAACCAUACUGGAACCACUACCCAGGACCAGCUCUGUUACACACUCAGUACUUUAAAAUGAAGUUAUUUUCAUUUAUUUUUUAAACAUUUGCACAAAAUAAUAAAUCAGUAAACACUGUUCUAUGCCACGAGUCAUUUUCAUUCUCUGACCACUAUCAUCUAUUGCACAUGAGCUGUCCAGUUUGAGCCUGAUGCCAUGAUGCUUUCAUAUAAGUUGUACCACACUAAACUGAAUCUAAACAUGCCACAAAAUCAUUCUCAAGUUUUGCUUUCUUGUAAUGUGAAGAGGAAGGAAGUCAUACCAGGUCUGAGCAAACUGUUGUAUAGAGCUCUGCCAACCACAACCAACACAGACCACAUCCUUUUCAUCUUGAAGUUGAGCUGUUUAUCGUUGCUAACUGAACAUAUCUUUCCUCCUGUGCAGAUCUACCUGCUGAUGUGUUCUAACAAAGAGGGAGCUGAGAGGAGCAGCUAUGGGUUUAACAGCAGCAGUGUGUGGAUUUGUCAUCCUCUUCCUCUCUGUGUCAGCGGAACAAAACAAGACUGGUACAGAGCUGACUUACAUUUCUGCUCAGAUCUGUGCUGUGAGAGGAUCAACACGUAUAGACAGCCAUCCGCAGCGAAAAAACAGUCUAUCAAAGUUGAAAAAAUAUUAUGGUUUACUGAAAUGCAGGAUGAAGAACCUGUGGAUCUGAGAACAGACUCAGAGUACACAGGUCGUGUGAAGUAUUAUUGCGACAAGAUGACCUGCACUUUGAGAAUCGCAGACCUGAGAGAGAGCGACUCAGUUCAAGUUCAGGUUCAAAUUCAAAACCAAACGCAACAGGAUAUUCUCCAAUUUACCUGGAGUCACCUUAUCUGUCAUAAAUCCAGCUCUCCAGAUGCAGGUGAGGGGGGGAAAAGGGGGAAAAAACUUCUUCUUAUGCAGACUACUUUUAUCCUGAAGACAGUGUUUCCUGUGCUGUAAUAGGACGUGAGGAUUUCCCUUCUCCUUCAGUGUGUGUUCAUGGUCAACCCUGCAACACAGUGACGUACACUAACAGAAGCAUCUGUGCCUUCAAAGGCUCAUCAGUGGACAUUUCUUGUACUUAUAACAGUCAUAAGGACAAAGUUGAAGCAAAAUUCUGGUUCAGACCUCA